AUGCUUAGGACGGCAACAAUACAGCGCGAUGUGCCCAGCCUAUACACAGCUCCUCCAGAGGUCCGAGGUAUGACUUGUUUGGAUAAAGAAGCCUUCGCCCAGACAGUUGUUGUCCCAGCCCUGCGUGUGCCAAAAGAAGUCCUGAAUAAAUUGGUGAAGAGCCUGAAAAAAGUAGCCCUCCAGCGCCCAGGCAUGCGAAGAGUUGUUGGGGUCGAAGGCAGCGAUGAUGACAGGCUCUUGCUGCUGGACCCUGCCAUUGUCUCCUCACCCAACUCAUUCAGCGACGCAGAGGCCAAGGCGUUGCGGUCAUUUGGAGUACCUCAAGAGCUCCAGCACUACGAGCUGAGGCUGACCUACGACAACCUGAAGAGUGAGGAGGUUCUGCGCGCUGUACUGCCAGAGGGACAGGAUGUCACCUCAGGGUUUAGUCGAGUGGGUCACAUUGCACAUAUGAACCUGAGGGAGCACCAGCUGCCAUACAGAAACCUCAUAGGCCAAGUCAUAAUGGAUAAGAACCCUGGGGUGACCUGUGUGGUCAAUAAGACCAACACCAUCGACUCCACCUACCGCUUCUUCAAGAUGGAGGUGAUGGCUGGAGAGGAAAAUAUGGUGGCCAAAGUGCGUGAGAACGGCGUGACAUACGAGUUAGAUUUCUCGUGUGUGUAUUGGAACCCUCGUCUUAGCACGGAGCAUGAGCGUGUGGUGGCUCUUCUGAAACGCGGUGACACUGUGCUGGAUGUGUUCGCUGGUGUGGGUCCCUUUGCCAUCCCCGCUGCCCGGCGUGGCUGCACUGUGCUGGCCAAUGACCUCAACCCUGAGUCCCACCGCUGGCUGCAGCACAACUGCAAGCUGAACAAGGUGGAGCGUAAGGUCACAACCUUUAACCUGGACGGCAGGGCCUUCAUCCAGGGGCCACUGAAGCAGAAGCUGCCUGCCCUGCUCAUGAACCUGCCUGCCUUGGCCCUGGAGUUCCUGGAUGCCUUCAGAGGCCUCCUGGACCAGGGACUUUCCUGCGAUGUGAACCUGCCGCAGGUGCACUGCUAUGGGUUCUCUAAGGAGAACGACCCUCAGAGAGACGUGGUGGAAAGGGCCUCAGCCAGCCUGGGGUUAUCCCUAGAGGGGUGGUGCUCUGUGCAUCUGGUGAGGAAUGUGGCCCCAAACAAGGAGAUGAUGUGUGUGAGUUUCACCAUCCCCAAAGAGGUGCUCUUCAGCAGUAAGAGCACAGAGACAGGAACCAUAGAAGAACCAGCCCCAAAGAGACAUAAGUGUGGGAAGACAACAGAUUGAAUAUAUUUCACAAAGGUCAUCAUUCUGAGACAUUAAAUUGUACAUUUUAUUUUUUAUCUCUGAA